AUGGAAGCUGAUAGAAGACUUCUUCGUUGGAUCUUUUCCCUCGCAUGGAUCCUUGCUGAAGAGGCUGGUGCCUUGGCCCUUUCACCCACGCCUCUCGAACAUGUACGGCAACAACAAGCGGGACGUGAUCAUUUUUGCUUAUUAUUUGGUAGCAGGGACAAUGUCCAACCAACUACAGUUGAAGAAGAUCAAGUGUGGGAGGCUCUUGAGCGGAUAGAGGCAUUAGACAUCAGAUUAGGUGUUGGAUGUGGAGCUACGAAGGAACGGGCCAAGUUGCAAAUCAUCCUGGAUGCUUGGGAAGAACAAGAGGCAGCACGAGAAGCAGAGUUAGAUCAAGCCGAGGAAUCCCUCUACGAUGACACGGUAGAGAUCACCGUGACAGAAAAUGAUUCGAUCAAAUAUGUUGCCAAGCAUUUGCCCCACGAGCGUGUGGCCAUCUUGGGCGGUGACCCUGCACGUCGCCGGGAAAUGGUCGCAAAGAAGCUGGCUCCAUUUGGCUCUUUGGACCAGUUUGGCAGCCCUCGUGAUGUUGGGCCUUCGGAUACGACAAAGUUACUCCAACGAAUUGAAAACAAACAAUUCGACGUAGUGUACGUGUGGAUCCGCUUCAACUCGCAUAGUUCUCGCUUGCAAGUGAAGAAAGCUUGCCUACACACAGGGACAACUCGGUUUGAAGAAGUGGAAUCUUUGGCUUACAUUGUUUUUAAUUAA